CUUUGACAAACGCCAUUUUAAAAGAAAUGUCAUAAUUAUACAUGAGAAUUUUGCAAAACAUUUACAAAUGUAAAGUAUUGUGUGGUUACUAUUUGUGGGCCAUUACAGUUUAUUGUAUAAUUUCAUAAUGGCCACGUUAAUAGCUAAAAUUGACAAAUUGAUUAAAAAAGAAAGAACUACACCUGAACGCAAACAGCACGAUGUCACCAAAUCGUCAAAUGAGAUUCUUUCAGAGCUUUUUAGUGUAUUUAAUGCUGAUCCACCCAAGAUUCAAGAUAUUUCAGUUAGAAAGUCGAAGAAGAGUAAAAAGAAACACAAAAAAGAGAAAAAGAAACGCAGUCGCAGCACAAGUAGCUCGGAUUCUGAUGACAGUGAGCACUAUCACAAGAGGAAAAAGCGAAAAAAGAGCAAAAGCAAACGCAAAGAGCAUAGAAGCCGUCGAUCAUCUUCUUCCGAUGGCUCUAGAACUCCAGUCCUCACUAAAGAUCAAAUCGAUUUUUCCAAUAAUAAAUAUGAUAUCAAAGUUGAAACUCCUCCAAUCAAGAUAGAGAUUAAGGUUAAAAGUGAAUUGCCAGAGACAAAUGUAAAUAUAAAAAAAGAAGUAGAUAAGCCUGAUGGCUCUAUUGAUGCAAGCCUUAUUCCUAUGCCUGAAUCUCCAAAAGACAUUGAAAAAUCAGACAAAAAAGAAAAUUCUGACUGUGAUAAAUCUAGAGGUAAAAUUCAAAUUAAGAACUUGAAAUUUAGUGCUGUGUUUGAAGAGACUGUGAAGAAAGCCGAAGAAGAAGCUCGUAAAAAAGCAGAAAAGGUAGAAGAUGGGGAGUGUACAGAUUCGUCCGGUAGUUCUAUUAGAGAAUUAGAUAUUAAUGCACAAUUUCCGAAAUCAUCUGAUCCUGGAGGCAUAUUAAAAAAGCAAGCGGCCGAGGAAACUAGGUUGAUUGAAGAAGAAAAAAUUGCUUUAAAGAAAAUAAAAGUGGAAACAUCAACUAAAUCUUCAAGAAAAGAAAGAGAAAGAAGUAGAUCAAGAAAAAGAUCAGGUAGUAAGUCUCGUGGUAGAUCGCAUUCUUCGAAACGCCGCCGACAACGCUCUCGAUCGAGAUCCCGUCGUAGGAGCCGCUCAAAGCACCGCUCCCGCUCUCCGAUGAGAUCAAAAUCUAGAAGUCAACAUCAUAGACAUUCACCAAGGCACAGAGGACGCAGAUCAAGAUCGCCAAGUGGUGUGAAAUUAGCAGACAGUGAGAAGAAGCGUUUGCUAGAAGUAGCAAGAAGGAAUGCAAUCAACAUGUUGAAGAACGGCGCGGUGCCGGCGGGCGCGGCCGCGCUGCCGCCGCACACCAGGAACCAAGUUAUGGCGGCCAUACAGUCGGGAGGUAAGUCAGUGGAUGAGCUGACAGACUUCUGUAAGCACUUGUCAAAGAAGGAAGCGCUCGGAGAGCUGUCCUCGGUAUCCUCUAAUGAUGAUAACAUGAGUGAGAACGAGGACACCCUGGCGUUCCAUCAUCCAUUCCUUGUAAAGGAGAAAGCGCCCAUUGUUAUGAAUAUUAGAGGCGGCGCGCCGUUGCCGGUUAAGGCCGGUGUGGUGGCGGUCGCCAACAAGGAGGAGCUGCGGCUGCAGUUCCCCGUCUCCUCGGGCUCGCAGCACAGAGAGAAGGCCUGCGAGUGGGUGCCCGUCUCACCUAAGAAAGAUAUGCAAGUUGCAAAAUUGAAUUCAAAAUCAAGCUCAUCAAAAUCAACGUUACCUGCGAUAGAAUCGUCUAAGAAUGAUAUUCUGUCGUUGCCCGCGUCGCCCUCCGCUUAUACAAGAAGCUCCAGUUCUACAUCUCUACCAUCUCUGCCCGCGCCUGGACCGCAAGUCUAUCCGCCCGGUGUUGAAAAUCCUAAACUGGAUAUGGCGUUGAUCGUGUCUCAAAAAUUAUCUGUCAUUCGUAAAGAACAAGAGGAGGGUGAACUAGGCACAAGAGGGUUUGGUUGGUCAAAGGAGACAUUAGGACAGUUCACGGGCAGCACUGGCGCGCAGAUCCUGACGCCGCGCGAGCUGGCCAGCGGCACACAGGCCUGGGCUAAAAAGCUUUUAAGUGAUAAGGAGCCACGGGCUUUUAGAUGCGGCACGGUACGCCGAUGAUAGGUGCAAUGUAUACCAAUGUUCCCAAUCCGCAGAGGUAAGUAUCAAUUGGGCAAGAAAAAGGUACAAUAUGAAUGAAUGUGGAACAUUUAGCGAUUGUACUUGAGUUUUUCUUCUCCAGAUGAAAUUACAACUACAUUAAUUGUUGCAGGAAUUUUUAUAGUUUAGUAUUUCACCAUACAGGGUUUUAUAUUUCCACUGUCAUCGUUAAAACUUAUACUUUAUUGUAGUAAACUAAAUCUUAUUUCUAAAUUUAUAAAGCAAAGUGUUAUUUUUAAAAUAAUUCAGUUAGUAUUGUUUAUAAUAAUGUUUUUAAAAUGCCUUAUCGUCAAUUUACAUCAGAAACUUUGCAAUUAUUUGUCUCAAACUGAUGAAAUAUUGUUAAUUAUCUGCAUAUAUAUAGGAUCAGUUGGUCCGCGCGGCGCCAGUAGAGGGCGGUAU